AAAAAGUUGAGAAUCGGCAAGAUCUUUCAACAACCGAGUUGGAUAGGAAGGAAAUAACAUCAAGGUGAGGAGUGGUUUUAACAUCUUCCACCGGCCCGAAGACCACCAUGGCUGAAGCGGAGCAAGAACAACAGCAGGCACCCGAGCAACCAAAGGCUCCGGCGAAAGUAAAAGAAGUUAUCGCAACCAAAGUAACUGGUACCGUGAAAUGGUUUAACGUGAAAAGUGGCUAUGGGUUCAUCAACCGUAAUGACACAAAAGAAGACGUUUUUGUUCACCAAUCAGCCAUUAGUAAAAACAAUCCGAAAAAGGCUGUUCGCUCAGUGGGAGAUGGGGAAACUGUGGAAUUUAGUGUGGUGGUAGGCGAAAAGGGUAACGAAGCUGCUAAUGUAACCGGACCUGAUGGCGAACCGGUCCGAGGUUCUCCGUACGCUGCGGAUCGGCGCCGUUUUCGGUAUUGGUUUUAUCCGCGCAACCGAGGUGGCCGAGGGGGCGGCCCACGCCGGCCACGCGAAAGUCAACAGAGCGAAGGCGAUAAGGACGGGACUGUAUCCGGCGGUGAGGGAGGAGGCCGUUACAGACCUAGACGCGGACGCGGCGGUUACCGUGGUUACAUGCGGGGCGGACCUUACAUGGGACCACCGAGGGAAUAUCAUUACAAUUCCGAGUAUCAGGGCGAUUUGGACGAUAACGGGGGGGACAUGAUUCCGCGAGGUCGCGGACCACGUCGCGGUUUUUACCGUCGCGGUAACCGCGGAGGCGGCGGUCGAGGUGGUAGAGGACCUCGUGCCAGAUCCGAGGAUAGCCAAGGCGGAAAUGAUCAGUCCCAGGGAGGUCAACGAGCCCGCUACCGCAAACGCGGACCCCAGAAGGUUCGUUCCAGCAACUCUACGUCUGAGGGUGCGAACAAUGGUGCACAGGAGAGUCAGCCUGUACAGAAUACAACUACGGAGAGCACAGCUUAAUUGCGGCUGUGACUAACCGACAUCACUUAUUACAACAACAAUUAGGGCGUGUUUUAUAAAUAGCAGACAAAGGGCGUUUCAUUGUACCAAAUAAUUAUUUUUGUAAAUGGAAUUUAACAUUUUGCUGUCAACGUUAAUUGAGCGCUCGCUUGGGCUUUCAGGUGGUUAACAAAAACGUUUUUUGAUACUUUUUAUAAUUGGUAAGAUUUUCAUAACGAAUAGUUUUGAUAAUUGUCACCAACUGAAAGCGGCGACGGACACUUUGUCGAUUCAAUGAAACGUCUUUAGACCUUAUGUCUUGCUGCGACGGUUUUUCUUUAAUAACAUUAUCUAUUAAGAAGGCUUGACACUCUCCAAAGGGCGGGUGUCAUUAAAAAAUCAAAUUUAUUGCAACAUCUAACUUUUCAUUCCUCAAACAACAGGAGAGAGUAAAAAGUUAAAAAACAAUAUAAAAAAAAUGGAAAAUUUUCAAACCGAGCAGAUUAUUUCUCGCAUGGUGUUUGUCAGGAAGUUCUAUUGGUAAUUAUCGAUUGUAUCUUUUUUUGUGAAAUCAUUGCUAUUGCAGAUUCCUAGUCAAUUUUUAUAUUUGUAAUUUUUGAAAUCAAUUUUUGUAGAACACUUACUGGGAAAUAUAGUCUGUUCUGAA